AUGAAGAAUUAAUAGGAACGUCCAAAUUUGUUUAUCUUGUUUCCCUAAUCAUUUAAUCGAGAUGCCAAGUAUAAGUAUGUUGAAAUCAAUUAUUCGCCUUCGUUUAGUGAAAUCACGUAAUGUAUGAUGGAGACUAUCCCUAUAUUCAAUAAUGACAGAGAUCCUGCCUAACCAGGAUUUAUCCCCCUCAUUGAUUAACCUCUGCACCUUUAACAUAAUGAUUAAUAUCAGAUCCAAUACUAAAAAAAGUAUUAGGAGUUGACCUCAAAAAAUAAAGUGCUUCACUUCCCCAAACCCAAAAGUUAGUCAAAAUAUUGUAAUGUUUGCAAACAACAUUAUGAAGAUUAUUUAGAUCAUAUUAAAUCGAAAACACACAAAACACAAUUUACAAAAAAUCUUUACAUCAAAAAAAUCAUGUCACAGGCCAAAGAUGUUAAAGAAAAAGUCGUACAGACAAUCGAACAGCAAGAAUCUACUGAACUUUAACCUAAGAAAAUGAAAAAAACUAAACUAUGUUGACUUUUUAUAAUUAUUACUCAAUUCCUUUAAUAUA